AUGUCCGUCUGUCGGGGAACCGCGCACACCAGAGGCCCACUCCCAACCCAAAAUCUCCUCACUAGCCACUAUAUUCGGCGAGUUGUCGGUGAGCCCGCUUCGGUUGAUGGUGUCUCAGUUUAUCCGGACUCAAUCCUCCUGAACGACCCGAUUGGGGCACCACGAAGCCGGGCACCCGUCACAAACUCCCCAUCUCUGGCGCCGUCCUUUACAAAAGCAUUCCCAGCAAGUCUUGUUGGGAGCACGGCGAGGGCGGAGCCCGUUGCAGCCGCUGCAGUAUCCUUGUCCGGUUGCAACAGCUUCAGAAAGGUCUGUCUCGCGAGACCGAGGAGGAGGGUUUUCCAAGUGAUCCCGGCACUUGCUCGACCGCUUGGUUUGAGCGAGUGUAGGCUGGUCACAGCCUGGAAUCUUGCACAUAUAUUGAUGUGCGUUCGGGACGACGACGGGUGGGGAUUGAGGGCCAAGCGGUUCAUUUGCUUCAAGCACCGGAGUUUGAGGCGCUGGAAUCAUCCCACCUAA